AUGAAUGAACAAGAAGCUUUGGAUAAUCAGAACUGUCACAAUAACGAUGCGGUUACUAUAGAUCUAUCUUAUGGAGUAUCUACGGAUAAAAUCAAUGGGCAGUACUGUUGCAGUGAUAACCAUGGUUUUAAUAGGAUCACUGUUACUUCUGUGACAGUUUUCUGUUCAACCCAUUCUAACUCUCUUACAUUCUACAAACACACUAUUAAAGGUCAUUUGAGACUGGGAGCCAUCAAGUACAAUGAUGGAGGGGAAAAGAGUAUAAAGCGCAUAACUUUGGAGGGACGACCAUUUCUUCCAAAUGUAAAAGCUGUCUAUACAUUCAACUGCGGAGAGAAUCCAGAAUUGAUAUACGUUGAUGGAGGCUCAGAUACAGGAUGGUUCCAGAAAAAUGGUGCCUCCGGUAGUAAUGGAAAUGAAAAGUGGACACAAACUCAUGUUCUCGGAAACAUAAGACCAGAUAAGUUAACUAAACCUAUAGACUGUACUAGUGAAGGCGAUUUUAAGAAACUUGCUAAGGAACUAAAGAAACUUAACUGUGAGUGCUUGAAAGAAUGUAUUAGAACCCUUGACCCAGAACAUCUUGGACAGAAUGGUGUUCAACGUGAGGAGGUCCCUGCAGCUGACUUAUCUGACCAGGUUCCUGAUACAGAGUCUGAGACUAAGAUUCUUCUACAAGGUACUCCCGUGGCUCAAAUGGCUGAAGAUGCCAUAGAUGGUGAAAGACUAAAACACCUUAUUGUUACUCCUUCUGGAGACUCUCCUGAUCUACCUACCAUCAUAGGAGUACCUACAGCUUUUCUUACAACUUCUGCCUUGGCUUGUUUUACAGUAUGGAAACUCUAUAAUCGCUAUAAAGGAGAUCCUUGGGUUAGACGUGGAUAUCCUAUAGAGUUUUUAAAGAAUGUACCAUAUUGA